GCUUUAGAUACUUUUGAUACAUAUCUGUAACUUUUGCAAGGCACCAAGCGGCACCGUCAUGUCUGGAGACUCAGAACUUGACCGCUACAGGCUGGUUCAGGAAUUGGCAGAGGAUGGUGAUGAAAUUCCAGAGAGAUUUAUAUGCAAAGAUACUCCUUAUGGGCUCAUAACAGCCUCUCUUCCGUUGAUGGACAUCCCAGUUAUUGAUCUUAGUCGUUUGUCAUCUUCAUCAGCUACAACAGACGAGGAACUCGUAAAACUUCGGUCAGCUCUGAGUUCAUGGGGUUGCUUUCAGGUUAUAAACCAUGGAAUAGAAUUUUGCUUGCUGGAUGAACUGCGAGAGAAUGGCAGACAAUUCUUGAAGCUCCCUAUGAAAGACAAGCAGAGGUAUGCCAGAGCAGCAAAUGAGAUUGAAGGUUAUGGAAAUGAUAUGAUUUUAUAUGAGAAUCAAACUCUGGAUUGGACAGACAGGAUUUACCUUUUAGUGAGUCCAGAAGAUGGCCGAAAGCUACAAUAUUGGCCUGAAGAUCCCAAAUCCUUUAGGGUAGUUUUAGAGGAGUAUACAACAAGGGUGAAAAUGAUAGUUGAAACUCUCCUCAAGUCCAUGGCAAAAGCACUGAACUUGCCAGACAACAGUUUUCUGAACCAAUAUGGAGAGAGGCCAGUUAUGUAUACUAGAUAUAACUUCUAUCCCCCAUGUCCAAGGCCUGAUCUUGUUCACGGAGUGAAACCACACGCCGAUGGCUCAGCAAUCACUGUACUCCAGCAGGAUGAAGAAGUUGAAGGCCUUCAAUUCCUCAAGGAUAAUCAGUGGUUUCGAGUUCCUAUCAGGCCUCAUGCGCUUAUAGUUAAUGUCGGUGAUCAGAUAGAGGUAAUGAGCAAUGGGAUCUUCAAGAGUCCGUUGCACAGGGCUUUGACAAACUCAGCGAAGGAGAGGAUCUCCGUGGCUACGUUCUGUUCACCAGAAGUAGGAAAGGAGAUUGGACCAGUAGAGGAGCUCAUCAAUGACAAAAAUCCUAGAUUAUACAAGACAGUGAAAGACUACCCUGAAAUUUUCUUCAAGUACUACCAGCAAGGCAAGAGGCCAAUUGAUGCUGUUAAACUAUAUAGCUCAUAAAAAGCUGACCUUCAUGCACUUGCGGCAUGAAAAAGUGCAGAGAACCAAGUGUCAUGCAACGUUGAGUUGCUGGUUGUUAAUGCUAUUCUUCUACAUUUGGGAGACGAAGAGGUUGUGGACCUGGUCUGAUCAUUUCUUUUCAGUUGCUGCUUCUUUUUAAUGCUGUUCUUGUACAUUUUUGGGGACGAGGAGGUUGUGGAUUUGCUAAUCUCAUUUUGUUACUGGAAUUGAAUAGGUGUGACAUCCUUCUGUUUAUUCUCCAUGUCAUAUAAACGAAUCCAUUUUCCUUUUAUCAUUGACA